UGAGGGUUCAGAUAAAAGCCUAUCAGAGAAGCAGCCAGUAACAUGCCCCAAUCAAAGUCCACAGUCCAGCUACUACAGUCAGGAGGUCUUUCCACUCUUCUCUUCAUUUUCUUAUGAUUUCUGUGGAGUGAUCAUCAUGGAGCCGAUCAGCAGACGUCUCUCCAGGUAUAACAACUACAACUUUGCCAUUGGUGAAUAUCCUCCAACUGCCGAGUACAUUGAUUCUCUCCAGAGGUUUGAAAUAAGAGACAGUGACAUCUUCCUCGUCACUUAUCCAAAGUCAGGCACCAUAUGGACUCAGCAGAUCAUCAUCUCCAUCUGUGAGUUGGGUGGGGGUCUGAAUGAAUAUAAAAACAACUAUGAGCAGAUGCCAUGGCUGGAGUACAGGGAGAAUCGAGAAGACUACGCUCUACGACCUUCUCCACGGCUCUUCAGCUCACACCUCAUCCCGGCUCUCAUGCCUCCAGGACUGAAAGACAAGAGGGCAAAGAUUGUCUAUGUGACGCGAAAUCCAAAGGACAACAUCGUCUCAUUUUAUCACUUCAGCAAGGUAUGCGCAGACCUGGAUACACCCGAGAGCUUCGAACAGUUUUUGGAACAGUACUUGAUGGGAAACGUUGUGGGAUCAUCCUGGUUCGACCACAUCAGAGAGUGGCAUUUAAACAGAGACCAGUACAACAUCCUCUUCCUGAGAUAUGAGGACAUGAUUUUGGACCUGAAGGGAGCAGUUGUGAAAAUCUGUAGGUUCUUGUGCCAAAACCUGAGCGAAGCUGACAUCCAGCAAGUUGUCGAAAAAGCUACAUUCAAGACCAUGAAGACGGACUCAAAAGCCAACUAUGAGUUUGUCCCACAAGACAAGAUCAGUGGAAACUUCAUGCGCAAAGGUCAGAUUGGCGACUGGAAGAAUUUACUUACUGCUGAACAGAGUGAAAGAGUGGAUCAGCUCAUCAAGAAGAAACUUGGUGAUCUGUCUCUGAAGUUCAUCUUUGAAUAGCUAAAACUGACUGUCUUUCACUGUCCUUGAUGAACAGCUGUGACUAAAGUGUUAAUAUGAAGCAGAGAAGAAAAGCUUUCUAUCCUUUUUUUGAAGGUCUGAAUUCAGAAAAAAAUAAAGACACUUUAAAAGUAA